CUUACGUGCUUAUUACCAUUGCCUACAUGUUUAUAAGUAGCAUAGGUGAAUCUGCCUCGUCGACCAUGAACUAACCAAACUCCCAAGAUGGCCAUGGCCCGGAGCGUUGCACUUGUACUGCUCGCUGCCUUCGUUGCCAUCGUGCACCACGCGGCUUCUGUUGCACACGCGGCUGCCGCGGCUGCUCCGGCGACCGAUGCCGCGGGAUUCCUCCAUUGCCUCGCCGUCCACCUUCCUCCGGGAAUCGUCUACUUGCACGCGUCCCAGUCAUACACGUCCAUCCUCGAGUCCUCCAUCAGGAACCUACUGUUCGUCACGCCGACCACCCCGACGCCCCUCGCCAUUGUCGCCGCCACCAACGCCUCCCAUGUCCAGGCUGCUGUGCGCUGCGGCGCACGCCACGACGUCCGCGUGCGCCCGCGCAGCGGCGGCCACGACUACGAGGGCCUGUCCUACCGCACCCUCGGCGCGGCGUGCCCCUUCGCCGUCGUUGAUCUGGCAGCGCUCCGAGCCAUCCGCGUCGACGUCAGGCGCGAGAUAGCUUGGGUCGGCUCCGGCGCGACGCUAGGCGAGCUGUACUACGCCAUCGCAAAGCAGAGCGCGCGCCUUGGGUUCCCCGGCGGUGUCUGCCCGACGGUCGGCAUCGGUGGUCACCUCAGUGGUGGCGGCUUCGGCCUGAUGCUGCGGAAGCACGGCCUCGCCGCGGACCACGUCAUCGACGCCGUCAUAGUGGAUGCCAAGGGUAGGCUCCUGGACAGGGUCGCCAUGGGGGAGGACCUCUUCUGGGCUAUCCGCGGCAGCGGGGGAGGGAGCUUCGGCAUCGUGUUGUCCUGGAAGCUGCUCCUCGUCCGCGUGCCGACCACCGUCACGGUGUUCACCAUCCACCGACCGAGAAACCAGUCCGCCACCGCUCUCCUCACGAAGUGGCAGCGAGUGGCACCCGCGCUGCCCCGCGACGUCAUCCUCCGCGUCGUCUUGCAGAACCUGGACGCGCAGUUCGAGUCCUUGUACCUCGGCACGUGCAGCGGCCUCGUCGCGACGAUGGCCGAGAGGUUCCCGGAGCUCGGCGUGAAGCGGAAGGACUGCAUCGAGAUGACAUGGAUCCAGUCGGCCCUCUACUUCGCGUUCUACGGCACGGGGAAGCCGAUGGAGCUGCUCCUGGACAGGGGCACCAAGCCGGAUCGAUACUUCAAAGCCAAGUCGGACUACGUGAGCGAACCCAUCCCGAGCCACGUGUGGGAGAGCACGUGGAGCUGGUUCCUGAGGGAUGGCGCCGGGCUGCUCAUCCUGGACCCCUACGGCGGCAGGAUGGGCAGCGUCGCGCCGUCGGCGACGCCGUUCCCCCACCGGCAGGAGCUCUACAACCUCCAGUACUACGGGUUCUGGUUUGAGAACGGGACAGAGGCGUCGGAGAAGCAUAUGGGCUGGAUCAGGGGGCUGCACCGGGAGAUGGAGCCGUACGUGAGCAAGAACCCCAGGGGCGCGUACGUGAACUACAGGGACCUGGACCUCGGCGUGAACGGCGACGACGAAGACCACGGCGGCGUGAGUAGCUAUGAAAAGGCGAGAACUUGGGGGCACACGUACUUCAAGGCGAACUUCGAGAGGCUCGCCGCGGUGAAGGCGAUGGUGGACCCCGAUGACUUCUUCAGGAACGAGCAGAGCAUUCCUCCACUUCCGUCGUCCCGGAAUGGCUCGUCGCAUAGUUAGGAAGCCGUGUUCCAGAGGGCAAGAGGAAGUCUUAUAUAGGGCAGUGAAUCUAGUAUCAGGAUCGGGGAGCAAUUGGAAAAAAUUGCACAUGACCCGGGUCCUUCGCUGAUCUGGGGUUAGAAUCUCAAAGCAAACCGGUCUACCUCGCUCAGUCUUGUGCCCCUAACACCGAGGAUGGAGCUGGCAGGAGAAUCGGGAGCAUGGCGACGUGGUCACCGGACGUCCAACGGAAGCCAACGGUAGCUGAUCAUGUCUACCCA